AUGGAAAAGAAAGACAAAGAACGCAAAGUUCCUGAAGGAGGUUGGGGAUACAGUGUUUGUUUCGGCGUCAUCAUUACAUUCAUAUCUGGUAUCGGUCAUAUCAAUUCAUUUGGUCUGAUAUAUAAUGAUUUUAUCAAUGAAACGAAAUCAACAGCUAAGUCGCUUACGACGGCCCAUGGAGUUUUUAGUAUGAUGCUGGCUAUCGGAAGUUUGAUUCUCAACAUUAUAUCGAAAAAAAUCUCAUUAAGGAUAAGUGGGUUUAUUGGAGCUACUACUUUCUGCAUCGGAUCUUUCUCUACGAUUUUCAUCACUAAUACAAAUCAGUUACCUAUAACAUUUGGAGUUCUACAAGGAAUAGGAUUUGGCAUAAUGGUCCCUGUUUUGUAUUCAACGCUUAACUUUUACUUUGAAAAGAAAAGAACAACAGUCAUGAGUGCAUGUAAAGCAAUACAAGGAAUAACUUUGAUGUGGUAUCCACAAAUAUUAAAGAUGAUGAUUGCAAAUUAUGGAUUUAGGGGCACCCUUCUUAUUAUAAGUGCAAUUUCUUUACAUGUUUUUCCCGGAAUGGCUGUAAUGAAAACCAGCUUUGAUAAAUUAGCAGAAUCAAGAACAGCAAAUUUAAUAGAAAGUGGUAAUGUUAAAAAAGAAGAAAAUGUCGAUUUGUUGAAUCGUGAAGAUAAUGUUAACUGCACGGGAACAAAAGAUAAAACUAUUAAUUCUAAAUCAUGGCUACAUCAGAUUAUGGCGCUGGAACUUUUAAAAGAUCCGUUUUACUUUAACAUCUGUAUAGGUCAGAGUUUAAUCAACUUCUCAGAUAUAACAUUCUUCAUAUUACAUCCGAUGUUAUUGUUCCAGUAUGGAUAUAACCCGGCACAAGUUGCGACGUGUAUAUCAAUCGGAGCAGCAGCCGAUGUAGUAGGUCGAUGCCUUCUUACAAUAAUAAGUAGUUUUACCUCAAUAAACACAAGGUUACUGUUCUAUAUAAGCAGCAUUUCAACAUUCGUCGUUAGAAUAGUCAUCCUUCAAGUAAAACAAAACAUAUGGAUCAUUUCUGCGACUGCAACCUUAGGAGUAUUGAGAGCUUGGCUACACGUGGCCAGCCCUUUGGUGAUAUCCAACUAUGUACUGCACAAGGACUUCCCCAGUGCCUACUCCAUGUUCCUGCUAAUAACUGGUGCUGUUAAUCUGACACUUUCACCUUUGAUUGGGCUAAUAAAAGAUGAAUACCAAGAUUUCGUGCCUGCUUUCUACGCACUGUCAAUCUGCUGCUUGCCGUGUGUCAUUUUAUGGCCAGUCGAGUAUAUUUGGAGGAGAAGUUCAUCAUAG